AUCAACAAAAACUUCUGAGGCAGACAUUUGUGUUUUUGUUACUUUGUAUGAACUUUUAUGUAGGUAGUGACUCUAUAGAAAAAUUGAACUGUCUCUCGUUAGAUAACUCAAUAUGUAAAUAUUGUUGUAUUCACGGACAUGUCGAAAAGUCUUUUUGAAUAUCUCAGUUUCCUUUAAUGCUGUAAUUGUAGUUCCUGACAUUAUGGAGAAUCCAGAAAGUAGUGAAAGGACUGGCGCGGAGCCGCCUGCUUCGUGCUUCCAUCCUGCUACUAAAGCACAUAGAUUUAUUGGCCUAGUAUUAAUGUGUUUCCUUUGUUUUGGUUCAUAUUUCUGUUAUGAUACACCAGGAGCACUUGCUGAUAAUUUUAAAAGUGACUCACACUUGAACACAUCACAGUUCGCCCUACUGUACUCUAUAUACUCAUGGCCAAAUGUAAUAUUGUGUUUUGUUGGCGGUUAUCUUGUUGAUAGAUGCUUUGGCGUAAGAUUAGGAACAAUAAUAUAUAUGACCAUUGUAUUUAUUGGGGCAGUAGUAUUUGCAUUUGGUGUUUACAUUAAUGCUUACUGGUUAAUGAUACUCGGCAGAUUUAUAUUUGGUAUUGGCGGGGAGUCAUUGCAGGUAGCAGUCAACAAUUAUGUGGUGGUGUGGUUCAAAGGCAAGGAACUUAACAUGGUGUUUGGCCUGCAACUAUCCAUCUCCAGGUUUGGGAGCACUGUUAACUUUUGGAUCAUGGAAUCUGUUUACCAAUGGGUGGCAACUUACUAUGCAGGCUAUGAAAGACUUGGCAUGGCUUUAUUCAUAGCUUCUCUGACGUGUCUAGGGUCCCUAAUAUGCGCCCUCAUCCUUGGCUGGAUGGACCUGAGAGCGGAAAAGGCUCUUAGACAGCCCGAAGUACAAAUAAAACAAGACCAGCCAUUUCACCUAAAAGACAUAUUGAAAUUUAAAUCUGUGUUCUGGCUCCAGGCUGUUAUAUGUGUUGCAUAUUAUUUGGCUAUUUUUCCUUUCAUCGCUUUAGGAAAGUUGUUUUUCGAACGUAAAUUCGACUUCCUACCGCAAGAAGCGAACACGGUGAACUCCAUGGUGUACUUUCUAUCGGCAGCGCUGAGCCCUUUCUUCGGCAUCCUAAUUGACAAGACCGGCAGAAACGUCACGUGGAUCAUUUUGAGCAUUGUCACCACCAUCGGAUCGCAUUCCCUCCUAGCUUUCACAUUUGUUAAUCCGUAUGUUGGAGUGAUAUCGCUGGGAAUAUCCUACUCUUUGCUGGCCAGCGGACUGUGGCCUCUUGUUGCGAUGGUCGUUCCGGAGCACCAAAUGGGAACUGCGUAUGGAAUAUGUCAAGCCGUACAGAAUUUGGGAUUGGCUGUAACUAUUAUUUUUGCCGGAAUAAUAGUUGAUAACUAUGGAUACUUUAUGCUAGAAUUAUUCUUCCUAGGAUGUUUAUUUGUCUCGCUGAUAGCGGCCGUGCUUAUCUACAUUCUGGACUCUGCGUCAGAAGGAGUACUUAACCUGUCGCCGAGCGCUAGAGAAUCGCUUGCCAAAACGAGAGUGCAUACAGAGGAAACAGCGAACUUACUCGAUCACGUCGAUAGCUCCGAUCAGGAGGAGAUCGAUUCGCGACUCACGCGAAGUGUUACGGACGUGGCGUCGGGCAGUGCGGGCGAGAGCGGGGACGGCGAGGGGGGAGGCUCCCGAGACCCGGCGCAAGCGCAGUCCGACAGAAUACGGAGCAGAUAUAUAUCGCACUUACUGCCCGCGACUAACAUUCCAGAAAGACCUUAGGCUUCUCGACUUAGUAGAUUAAUUAUGUACUGUAAAUAUGUAACUAAUAAAAUAAUAAUAAUAAUAAUAGACUUUGAGUAUAAUAUUAAUUUUGUGAUAUUUUUUAUUAAACAUAUUGGAAGUUGACAGUUAUGAAUAUAAAUGACUUAUAAUGCAAAUCGAUUAUAA